UGCAUCUACGCUAUUUGGAUCUCUCUCACACGCAAAUCCUACAAUUGCCAGAGUCUGUUUGUAACCUGUAUAAUUUACAAACAUUGCUAUUGAUUGAUUGCUAUAAUCUUACUACCUUGCCAACAGAGAUUGGAAAAUUAAUUUUCUUGCGUCAUCUUGAUAUCAGUGGAACUCGUAAGUUAAGGGAGAUGCCAAUGCAAAUGAGUCGAUUAAAAGAUCUCCAAACAUUAACUGCCUUCGUAGUGGGAAAGUGUAGCUGUUCAGGUAUUAAUGAGUUGAAGGAGUUUCAUCAUCUUCGUGGAAGCCUCUCCAUUUCAUGUUUGCAAAAUAUAACGAGUUGCACGGAUGCAAUGGAAGCAAAGCUGAAGGAGAAAAAGUUCAUAGGAACAUUGGUGCUGAGCUGGGAUAGUGGAAAUCCUAAUGAUUCAGAAAGUGAAAGAGAUGUACUUGACAAACUACAACCUCAUACAAACUUGAAACACCUAGAGGUAAACAGGUACCGAGGCACAAGAUUUCCGGAAUGGUUGGGAGAUCAAUCAUUCUGUAAUAUGGUGUAUUUGUCUCUGCAAAAUUGUGAGGAUUGCUUUUUCUUGCCGUCGCUUGGUCAACUGCCCUCUUUGAAACAUCUUACCAUUUCUGGGAUGCCGAGCAUAACAAAGGUGGGCCCUGAAUUCUAUGGGGAUUGUUCUUUAAGCAAACCAUUUCAAUCUCUAGAGACUCUUAGUUUUUCCAAUAUGUUGGAUUGGGAGGAAUGGUAUAUAUUAGAUGAUGGAGAGUUCUCUCGGCUUCAAGAGCUUCGGGUAACCAACUGUCCGAAACUGAUUGGAGGCUUACCCAAACACAUUCCAUCUUGGGUGAGAGUUGAGAUUAGGGACUGCCCAGGGCUUAUGGCUUCACUUCCUAGGACAUGUGCUGCAAAUCAAUUAGUAUUGCAGGGAUGCAAUAGUGUAGAAUUGGGAUGGCAAGGUUUGUCUUCUCUCGUAAAUUUGGAAAUUUCAUCUGCAAGUUUGAAGGAACUGACACCCGAACUAUAUACCUUAAUAAAUCUGAAGGAGUUGAUGAUAGUGCAAUGUCCAGACCUAUUGUUAUUUCCAGACACAAGGUUGCCGCCCAUGCUUACAGGCCUUACAAUCAUUGAUUGUAGGGCUAUAUGUUGUUUGCCGGAGAGAGUGAUGCGUCUCAACAGUUGCCUUAAACAUUUGUUUGUUCGUGCCUGUCCGAAACUAGUUUUCCCACUAUCUGAGGAGAUGGUGAACUGCUACACAUCCCUGGAAUCUUUGUCCUUGGCCACCUGUGAUUCUCUCUCAUCCCUGCCACUAGGAUUGUUUCCAAAGCUUCAAUCUCUAAACAUCGAAAACUGUAAAAAUUUUGUGACUCUUUCAACUCUAAACGGGCUUGGAUUCCAAAAUUUCACAUCACUCGAAUGGCUUUACUUGGAUGGGUGCUCUAAUAUGGAAUCUUUUUCGCAACAAGUAUUAAUAGCUCCCAAUCUGAAAAGUUUUGGUCUCUGGAACUGCAAGAAACUCAAGUCGUUGCCCGAUCGAAUGCAUAGCCUCGCAUCUCUUCAAUCAUUGCGUAUAUGGAACUGCCCAGGACUUGAGUCAUUUCCGGAAGGGGGUCUGCCCUCCAGCUUACAUAGUCUUGUAAUCGGGAAUUGUGCGAAACUUGUGGCUCAGAGGAGAGAGUGGGGUUUGCAAAGACUCCCUUCUCUUACACGUUUUUUAAUCUCGGGUGAAUAUGUAGAAGAUGUGCUAGAGUCAUUUCCGGAGGAGGGUCUGUUGCCCUCGAAUCUCAUGUCGCUCGAGAUCGAAGACCUGCCAAAUCUGAAAUCGCUGAACAACAGGGGCCUUCAACAUCUUGGCUCUGUCAAAAACAUGAGGAUUGCGGGGUGCCCUCAACUCCAAUCCUUGCCGGAAGAAGGGCUUCCAACCUCCCUCUUUCUGCUGGAAAUCUUGGAGUGUCCAUUGUUGAAACCUCGUUGCCUAAGGGAGGAAGGACAAGACUGGCAUAAGAUUGCUCGCAUCCCCUUACUACAUACGGAUUCUGAACUCAGCUUUGAUCAACGCACUCUCGCUCCAACACAACAUUACUCUGUGUUUUAAACUAUAGCAUUCGGUAGUCAGAAAUCUUCUCAACUUUCUAGUCAGAAAAAAAAGGUCAAAUGUUUGAAUAUUUCGUGUAUCAAUGACAAGAUUGCUGCCUCCUUCUCACUCAAUCAG